AUGGUCAAUCAUAACUACAUUCAAAUGACUGCAUGGCUGAAGUGGGAAAAAAGCGUCCAGGGUCGUGAACUCUGGGUUCUUGUUAUUUCGGACAAUCCGAAAGAGCACGAAAUACUCGAACCCGAAGUGAAGAUUGUGGCCAAUAUGCACGGCAACGAGUCAGCGAAUCCAUCUGAUGCCUCAAAUGACAUCCGGACGGCUACGAGCAUGGACUACCAGGAGAUCGUGUCGGAUAUCUAUGGACGAAGUAACGAGCACAACGUCGACCUGAAUCGCAACUUUCCGGCAAGAUUCCCAUCACAUCGUGAGCAGUCCGGUGGUGGUGAUCCGGAACCAGAAACGGCAGCAGUUAUGAAGUGGUUGGAAGAACAUCCAUUUGUGGUCAGCGCUAACUUGCACGGAGGAUCACUUGUGGCCAACUAUCCUUUUGACGAUUCGGUAACUGGUCAGGAUCACAUCUAUUCAGCGACUCCUGACGAUAGGCUCUUCGUCGAAAUAGCCUUCCGAUAUGCUCGGGCCCAUCCACGCAUGUGGAAAACAGGGCGACGUUGUGGUCUAUCUGCUGAUGGAGAUGUGUUUUUGAAUGGGAUCACAAAUGGAGCUGACUGGUACCAUUUGGCCGGUGGUAUGCAGGAUUGGCAGUACACGCAUACGAACUCGUUCGAAGUCACGAUUGAAAUGGGUUGUUACAAGUUUCCUACAAACGACAUGUUACCUAAAUUUUGGGAUGAGAAUAGGUUUUCCAUGAUAUCGUUACUGGAAAUGGCUCAGAAAGGUGUUUAUGGCUUGAUAACAGAUUCAAAUGGAAACCCAGCUGUUAAUGCCACUGUAGCUGUUGAGGAAGGUAAAACCAUACGUGCGACAAAAGCUGGAGAGUACUGGAGGAUGCUCCCUCCUGGGAAACAUCUUCUGGAAUCGGAGAUGUUCGAGGUGACAGUUGGAAAUGAACUGAUCCGCCAUGAUUUCAAGUUGGUCACUUGUCACGAUAAAGACAUCGCUCAGCCGAUAAUCAUACGAGGAAGUGGAAGUAUAAGGAUAGCCGUUGUGGGCAUAGGGUCAGAGUGA